CUUUUGUUGGUAGUAACGGCGCAUAGCCUCAGCCAGCUUGCGCCUAUGAAUAUUAUCCGUCUUCGGAGUUCGGGAGCACUACGCUUGUUUUCUACCCGCCUUAAAUACUCAUAUUCCCAAGACCUUUCCUCUUGUAUGAAAGGUAUUGAAAAAUAUACCAAGAGAUUUUUCAACAGCUCUCGCGCUACUUUUGCUCUGAGCACAGAAAUGAAAAAAUUUAAGCCUAAAACACACGGUUUAAGGUUUCGCGUUUUAACUUCCAGGGAAGGUCUUCAUAGAGGUAGACCCGUGAUUAAGUUAACUAAGGGGAAGAGAAGAAUCAGUGGGCGAUGCAGAAAAACAGGCCGUAUCACUGUCCGUGGGAGAGGGGGUGGCGCGAAGAGGUUGUACCGGUUAAUAUCCUUUAAAAGAAAAGAACUUUUUGGAGAAUUUGAAGUGGUGCGGCUGGAGUACGAUCCCAAUCGCUCCACCCGUAUUGCCCUUGUUAAAGCCACGGGUGAGCUCGGAGCUAAACGACUUUCUACGUCAUUCGAGCUCCAAGAAUACAAAUUUUCAAGAGAAGAAAACCAAAAGCUUUACGACCUGCAGAAUGAGUGCAACAAUCAAGACUUAAAUAAGCAAUCCCAGGAUCCACAUGUAGCAGUCCCCCUCAACGAUUUUCAGGGUAGGAAGCAGUAUACCACAUACUUGGGAGAUCCGUUACGACCACCGCCUCUGUUUCACAAGCUCGACCUUUCGCCCUUGUCCUCUGGAAGCUGCAGCGAUGCCAUAGUUCGGCGGCUGUCUGAACUAGUCAAGGCCCGCCAGUACGCUCAGGAACUUAAGUCGCUUCCGUCCCCUUCAGCGCCGGGUACGCUGCGUUACGCUCUACUGCCUCACAGCCUUGACGUGGGCACGAAAAUCGUAUGCGGCCCCCACGCGCGCAUCGAAGUCGGCAACAAUGUCCCUCUCAAAUAUAUCCCCACCGGUGUAGAAAUAUUUAACGUUGACCUGUACCCCAAUCGAGGUGGCCAAAUAGUGCGGAGCGCUGGAACCUCCGCACUUGUACUGGACUCUAGAACUGAUCAAAGGGGCGUCACAAAAGUGCUUCUUCGUCUUCCUUCUUUGGAACAACGAUGGUUUCUGGGUGACUGCAUGGCCACUAUUGGCCGGGCAUCUAAUAUCAACCAUCACUUGAGAAGUCUGGGCAAAGCUGGAUGUUCAAGAUGGCUAGGAAGGCGCCCUAUUACUCGUGGAUGCGCUAAAAAUGCCAAUGACCAUCACCACGGGGGUAAGCACAAAGGAAAGGGUGGACGGCCUCUCCGCUCUUGGAAAGGCAAACCGCUGGGGUCUCGCCUAGCAGGACCUCCGACCCGAAAGAAGAAGAAGCCCAGCGACAUUUUUAUUCUAAAGGGAGCACGCGCGGAGAGAAGGCGAAAGAAGGGGCAUAAGGGAUAGGCGGGCACUAGUCCAAAUAAAAAAGUUUAUUGUCAUGUUCCGACAAAAGGGGCCCAGCGCA